AUGGGCGCAAGAAAUUUGUUUUCGUCUUCAUCAUCUGGUCCCGCCGAUGUGGACCAUUUGCAACGGCCGCGGACGAGUGCCGGCGCUGCCGAGGCUAGCCCGACGAAGAGCAGGUUCUCGAGGCUGCGGUACAGGCGGAAUCGCGAGAAGACGGAGCCCGAUGUUGCCGAGCCGCAGCAGCAGCGACGCCAGACCACGCUGGAACAGCUCCCUGAGGGGGCUUUUUUGGACUUCGACGACGAUGCGGCUGAGCCGGAGAGCAGACCGUCGACAUCUAGCAGCGUUGCCAGCAGCGUCAAGAGCAGCGGCGGAUGGAGCUGGUCAAUGAGGAGCAGGAGGAGCAGUGGCGGUUUGAGGGAGAGGUGGAGAGCAAGCAGCAUCUCCUCCUCAUCCUCAUCCCUCUCCUCUGCAUCGUCCUAUGUCUCCUCGUCUUCGUCAUCCACGUCCAGCACUUGGUCCUCCCUCGAAUCCACACCACGCGCUUCCAUAGCCUCCUCUCGCACUUCUUACUCUAGCGACGAUGAAGACAUCCGCCCUCCAAAGGAAACCCCGGGGACAACACGCCCCACCAAGACCGUCCGAGCAUACGUUUGCCGCCAUUUCGUCUCGAUACCCAUUCCCGAGGAGGAGCCAGAAGACAUCCAGAACAGCCAGCAGUCACAGCAAGCCCAACUGCCUCCAACGCCCUCACCGGAUGAGAACGAGGGAUGCAUGACCGACCCAAUGGCCGACGCUUUUGAUUUGGAUGCACACCUUCCACCACCCCACAUCCUCCGACCCUGGGUCGAGCCCACCCCUCCGCCCACCCCUCCGCUGCAGCAAAAACAGCUACAGCCCCCUUCGUCACCGCCAACAGAACACCUUUCGGUCCCACAGAGCCCACCUCCAGCACAGGGCGUGCCGACCUUCAUCCUAACGCCCGCGUCGCCAAUCCAACCUUCCAGCCCUUCUCCAUUCUCCUCGUCUCCGCCCUCGGCCGCUAUUGCUCGCCGCUCCUUCUCUGCACCCGUCACUUCAAACCCGAACACCGUCCCGACGACCGGCCUCCGCCGAAGAUCGACAUCGAACGCCUCAUCUUCUCGCCAGAAAGUCGAAAAGGGCACCCCGGCCCACUGCCCGACGUGUGUGCGGCUGCAGGAGUCAAUGGCGCACAUGCGCAAGGUUGCAGGCAUUUACGGGCCACGGCACAGCUUGACCGUUGCAGCAGCAAAGAAUGCGCGCGCGGCGAGGGUGGCGUGGGCGGAGGCGCAGUGGGAGGCUAGUUGUGCUGAUGAUGGACCCGACGACGCCGCUGUCAAGUCGAGGAAAGAGGGUCUCACCGCCGAGCAAGGGAAGAAGCAGAAGAAAUCCGUCAGAAUCCAACCGGGCGCCACGUUUUUCGUCGAUCGUGAACCGUUCGUCCAAGGCCCGCCCAGCACGUCAGCAGGAGACGAUGCGGAAGAAGAGGAGGCCAUCGACAUCGAGGCCCAGCUCCAGCGCGAAAUGAUCAUCGGACAGCGGCUGUGGGGCCCGCUCGGGGAAAGGGGCAGGAAGCAGCGCGAGUUCAAGCGGUCAUUGAGCGAGUCGUACGUGCCCGGCCGGUGGGCGGUCGCCGCUGGGAACGAGUGGCUGGAUACUAGCGGCCGGACACAGACGUACGAGGAGUUCUGGGAGGGCAAGACCAAGGGGAAGGACGGCGGAAGCGUGCUGUUGGGCGGAAAAGUCAUCAGGGGGGUGCUGGGGAAGAUGGUCCCCGGCGCGGGCCACGCGAAGAGAGAAAGGGAGAGAGCAGAGAGGUUGGAGAGAGGGAUGGGUCUGGAUGUCGAUUGA